AAGAUGGCCCACAAGAGGCGAGGCAAGGCACUAAUCUUCAACCAUGAAAAUUUUCAAUAUUUAAAGAAACGCCGUGGCACAAAUAAAGACAGAGACAACCUCAGAGAAAGAUUUCAAGACUUAGGAUUUGAAGUGAACCCACACAAUGACAAAAGUAAGAAGGAAGUGCUAGAGGAAAUACGUAAAGCUGCCGCAGCCAACCACGAGGAUGCUAACUGUUUUGUCUGCAUUUUCCUAACUCAUGGGGAAGAAGGGCAAAUUUAUGCCAAGGAUGAUAAAAUUAAGAUUAAGGAAAUAACAGAUUACUUCAAAGGAGAUCAGUGCAAGAGCCUUGUAGGGAAGAUCUUCAUCUUCCAGAUUGUCCAGUUUGUGAAAAACAACAGAGCUGGACUUCUUCAGCACUUCAGCAGCUUGUUGAGUUUGUCAGCCUCCCCAGCCUUAAUUCCACCUCCCCAGCAUGUCACAGCAACGAACAGGGCACUGGCUACUACAGCCUGA